CGAACCGCGGCGGGUCCGCCGCCGCCCGCCCGCCCGCCCGCCAUGUCGGCUCCCGGGACCCUCAGCAAUUACUACGUGGACUCCUUCCUGGUGCCGGAGGGGGACGAGCUGGCGGCGCCCCGCUACGCCCCCGCCCCGCUGGGGCCGCCGCCGCGGCCGGCGGCGCUGGCCGAGCACCCCGAGCUGGCCCCUUGCAGCUUCCAGCCCAAGGCGCCCGUCUUCGGCCCCCCCUGGAGCCCCGCGCACCCCGCCGGCGCCAGCGGCGUCCCCGCCGUCUACCACCCCUACGCGCACCACCAGGCGCCCGUGGCACCGCCCGACGGCAGGUACAUGCGUUCGUGGCUUGAGCCUGUGCCGGGCUCCUUGUCUUUCCCCGGGUUACCUACCAGCAGGCAUUACGGCAUUAAACCUGAACCGCUGGCGGCCAGGAGGGCUGACUGUACCACGUUUGACACUCACACUUUGUCUCUCUCUGAUUAUGCUUGUGGUUCUCCUCCAGUUGAUAGGGAUAAGCAAAGCCACGAAGGCGCAUUCUCUGAAAGCAAUGGAGAAAGUGAGGCAAACGGAGAGAAACCGCAGAUCGAUCCAAAUAAUCCAGCUGCAAACUGGCUCCACGCAAGGUCCACCAGGAAAAAGCGAUGCCCUUACACCAAGCAUCAGACACUGGAACUGGAGAAGGAGUUUCUGUUCAAUAUGUAUCUCACUAGGGACCGUAGAUACGAGGUGGCCAGACUCCUCAAUUUAACAGAGAGACAAGUGAAAAUCUGGUUUCAGAACAGGAGGAUGAAAAUGAAGAAAAUCAACAAAGAUCGAGCGAAGGAUGAAUGAUGGCGACCCGUGGGUUAAAAUGAAAAUGCAUAAAGUAAAAGGAAAAAAAAAAAGAAAGAAAGAAAGAAAAGAGUUAAAACAAACAAACAAACAAACAAAAAAUCAUCCCCUCGAGCCCUGCCAUGCAAUGCGUCUGGGUCCAGGCCUCAUUUUUCCCUUGGCAAAUUCUGAUUAUGAUUGUACAAUGGUAGUCACAGAGGCCAGAUUGCCAGUAGAGGUACAGUAAGACUUUUAAUUUUCUAAUAGGAAAGAAAAAGGGGGCAUUAGCACGAAAAGGCUGUUUAACUGGCUUGUAUAAACCUACCUGUUUCUUCACUUAACGAAAGAAAAAAAAAAGAAAAAACUACCUUUUCAUAAUGCACAACUAUUUACGGACUGUAUAGUUUAGUCUAUGUAGUUAAUUUUAUUCGCUCUUUGCGUGGCAGAGAGAUCUCUGCUCUAAUACUUGAACACUGUGUUUUAUUGUGGUAAUUAUGUUUGUGACUCAAUUUAUGUGCUUGGGUGCUGUACCGGAUGUAAUGGUGUAAGCUAGAAUUCAAUUUGAACUCAGGUUGUUUAUUAUAAAAAUUGCAUAGAGUAUAGCUCUGUAGUGUAUUAAGUCUUUUCUGUAUAAUUAGACAGUUAACCUUUGAUUGUAAAAUAUAUAUAUUAUAUAUAUCCCAAUGCAAAAUAAUUAAAAAAAAAGUAGAAAAAAACGUUCGUUCGGGAUGUCUGGGAAUUACGGUUCUCAAAAUAUGAAGCAAGUCAUUUUAGUAUGCACAGUUGAUAUAUAUAUAGUACUGUCUUCGUCGGUUGUAUAUAUAAUCUAUAUAUUAAAAAAAUAAAUAAACAGACUAGCUUAAAUAUUGUUUUUGCACCAGUGAGCAGUUAGCAGAUUUCGGAGCUAUACGUAUAUGUGAAAAAGGUAACUACCUAUGGUUUAUGUUUGAAUUUUAAUCGAAUGAUUUGAUGGUUAUUGUAAUGAAGGUUAAUUUUAUUGAUAAUAAAUUAUACAUUAUAAAAAACUACAUUUGGUUAUUGUAAAUUUGUAUUGAUUAAAAAAAAAAUCUGGGAAGUUAUGUUGAUGCAGAACAUACACUGUCUAUUUUGAAACAGUUACCUCAUGGCCUACUGACCAAAUCGUUGUGUUGAAAUG